AUGAACGGUAACACCCAACAUGGAGGCACAUCUCAUGGUCCGCCGCAAGAGCGCAGGAAAGUUCCGUAUCGGCACAUACGUGCCGUGAUCAUUGGCGCGGGAGUAUCAGGGAUAUUGAUGGCCUACAAAUUACGAAUGUACCUUGGAGAUUACGUUGAUUUUCACAUCCUGGAAAAGUCCCCAGAACUAGGGGGGACUUGGUUCGAAAACAGGUAUCCAGGAUGCGCGUGCGAUGUUCCUAGCCAUUGCUAUCAGUACAGCUUCGCACCCAACCCUGAUUGGUCAAAAUUCUAUGCAUCUUCUCGAGAAAUCAAGGCUUAUCUCGAUGGAGUUGCUAAGUACUUUGACCUGAAAAAGUUCAUCAAGUUCAACACCAAGGUCACCAACGCGCAGUGGUCCGAGGUCAGCAGCACUUGGACUGUCAAAGUCGAGAAUGGGUCCACCUAUGAGGCGGAGGUCUUAUUCAAUGCCGGUGGUAUCCUCAAUAACCUCCAAAUGCCGAAUAUCACUGGCAUUAACACCUUCGUUGGUCCAAUUCUUCACACCGCCGAUUGGGACCCAUCGAUAGAUCUCAAGGGUAAGAGAAUUGGCGUCAUCGGUGCGGGGGCCAGCGCCGUUCAACUCCUGCCGCAGAUACAACCGACGGCAACGAAAGUCACGGCCUUCAUCCGUACACCGUCCUGGAUCUCACCUCCCGUCGCCCUCCCGGAGGCCGACCGACCGAGCUACUCGUACGACGAAGCGGAGAAGACCAGAUUCCGAGAAAACGAUGCUGAAUACCUUGAAGACCGGAAGCGGCUGGAAGCGCAUUUCAAUGGCAUGUUCGACGCCUUCUUCAAAGCUAGUCCGCAGCAGAGAGACCUUCGGGAACGAUUUGAAAGCCGCAUGAGAUCUCUGAUUCGUGACGUGGCUCUUCAAGAGCGACUGAUUCCCAAGUUCGAGGCGGGCUGUCGGCGGAUCAAUCCGGGAGAGCAGUACCUUCUGACACUCCAACAGCCAAAUGUUGAACCCGUAUUUGAGGGCAUUGAGAAGAUCACUGCUACUGGCAUAGUCGCCGGUGGAGUUGAGUAUCCUGUGGACGUUCUUAUUGCUGCUACCGGCUUCAACACCACCUUCACGCCGCGCUUCCCGAUCAUUGGCAGAAAUGGCAACAAUCUACAGGAUAUUUGGGCUGAGAACCCCACCUCUUACUGCGGAACGGGUGUUUCUGGAUUUCCCAACUACAUGAUAUUCCUGGGUCCCAAUACGCCCAUCUCCAAUGGCAGUCUCAUGGGCCCAAUCGAAGCUACGGGUGACUACUUCGUUCGCAUUCUCACCAAGAUGAUCCGACAAAGCAUCAAGUCUUUUGACGUACGUAUCGAUGCUCAAACGGACUUUGACAACCACACACAAGAGUUCAUGCGUCAGGCAGUCUGGACAGGAACGUGUCGGAGUUGGUUUAAGAAAGAUAUCGACGGGAAGUCACUUGCCGAAGACCGCUGGGAGGAUUACGAAUGGCGCUGUGAUGGGAACCGCUAUGCAUACUGGGGCAACGGAUUCUCCUGGAUCGAGAAACCCGAGUUGGAUCCCAUAGGCAUUGAUGAAAGGGAGUACUCAAAGACAAUGACCACCAUUGCAGAAAGAUCGUCGGACCUCAGCUUCUAUCUGGGUAAGGCUGAUCCCUUGCCCAAGGGUGUCUUAGCUCACGUGGUGGACGCCGAAGUUCAGUGUCAGCAUAUCGUGGGGCAGUCUGAGGUCCAUGGAGCCGAUCUGACCAAGUCCGACGUGAAAGACGCGGACGUUACUGAGCAGGAGAUGCGUUCUGGUUUAGAGUCUUAUGUUCCAGCUAUUGCUGUGGGGGUUUGA